AGACACAGGUCAUAUCAAAUCAAUCUAUGGAAUGCAGUCCCACAUAUUUUACCUUUGUCUGUUGACACUGUGGCAAAAACAUUAGUUUGAAUUAACAUGCUUAAUCGGUAAGCAAGUUAAUUUCUGUUCUCGGCUUGUCUGCAGAGUCGGGGAGAUCCUGUUCUACAAUCCAGGCAAUGGCGUCAGAGCUGCCUUACCUCCAUCUGUCUGUGAAGUGUGAAGGUAGCAUAUUCUACUACUUGCGCGACUCCAGUUGAGCAGCGUGGAUCCCUGCUCAAAAAGUGAAACAUAUGCACUUACAGGCCAGCGAAGUCAACCAACCUUUGGAUAAGGAGAAGUGGAUUGCAUGACUCUUAAGAACAAAGACACGCGUGCAUCAGUGAUGCUGUUAGCUGGUUGACUGGUUAUUUGGCUGAAGUUUAAAUUAAAAAAGUGUUUCUAAAGUCUAACAAGAGGCUGAAAACAGUGGGAUUUCCCCAUGGCUCUCAAAGCUGUCCUGCUGUUGCUGUCGGGCCUCGCUUUAUCCGUUCAUUGUGAAACAUCAUUCUGUAAUGUCACCUGCUCGACGGACUUCGAUGUCAUGGUGAACUGUUCCUGCUCAGCCUCUUUGCAGACAGACGUCCUCGUCACAGUCAUCUGCAGCGAUGAUUCAGGCCUCGAAGCCAAUGGCAGCUGUCAAAUCACACCGACGCAAUCCUGGUGCGUCAUGUACCCUGACAAUAUGGACGAUGUUACCUUUGUUGGAACGAUGUGCACCGCCAUGGUCACUCAACAAGGUGGUGACGUCCAGAUGAAUGAGUCGUCUGUAUGGGAGCUGAGUCAUGUUGUCAAAACUCUGCCUCCCUUCGAUGUGCAGAUGACAGACAGUGACGGUUUUUACAACAUCACUUGGGAGCACGACAACGGAGACAACUUGCUCACAUACAGAGUGCGCAUAAGAGAGAGCAGCGACUUGUCCAAGGAUCCAGCUCUUUUGUCUACAGCCAAAGCAAAGCACUUUCUGUUCAAGCACAUGAAGCUGCAGCCUCAUGUCACCUAUACUGUGGAUGUGGGGGCCAAAAUGGAUCCUGAUAACCUCUAUUUGGGUCCGUGGAGUGAGUGGAGCUCCUCUACUGAGUGGAGGACUGUGGGAAGUUCAGAGGAGAUUAAAGGAUUUAAUAAAAUGUGGUGCUUUGCCCUCCUGGUCUUCCUCGCUGUCUUUGGGUUCUUCAUAUAUAUACAGAAAACAUAUCUGCAGAAAAAACUCCACCUGAUCACAUACAUCCCCACCCCAGAUGAGUUCUUCAAGCCGCUCUACCACAACUAUGGAGGGAAUUUUAAGGAGUGGGGGAAACCUGCAUUCAGUGAGUACGACUACCUGAAGAUCAACGCACAUGUUCAGAAGAAGAGCGAGAAGGAGCCGGAUGACUUCGAGUGGAAGAAUGAGAAACAGAGUUUCAGGGAGGACAGCGAGAUUAAACAAGCGGGUCACUUCCUCCACAUGCUGCAGCCUCACAGCAACUCGCUGCCGUUCCUCCAGGACGGUGGCAGCUCUCAGAGUGCAGGUCACUCCAGUGGACACGUCUCCAUCCAUACUGUAACCCUGUCAGGAGAAGAAGAGUUUGAGGAGGAGGUCCGGUCGAGGAGCUCUGUGAACACGCUCAGGAGUUACAGAGAUGGAGAAAGCUUUGGUUCAUUUGGGGACGACAACAUAGAACAUCCUCACUACGAUUUAGAAGAACAUCGAAUAUCUGGGUUGCAUGGACAAAGUGGGAUGCUACCACAGCGGGAUAACCAAUUAUCCAAUGACUUAUCAGUGGGGAGUGUAAACUUUGAGCCACAUGCCCAGAUUAAUGAAGCAGAGAGGGUAUCACUGGACUCAUUCGUCUCACAUGAGCAGUCAGAAGACGGCUACCCUCAUGUGGACCUGGACACCAUUGAUAGUGGUUUUGGAGAGUGCAGCAGCCCUGGAGCUUCAGACUCAAGCAUAGCAGAGCAGAUGGAUUUGUUUCAGGAGCACAAGAGCUCAAACUCUAACUAUGUUAAGCAGUGGAUGUUCUGUAGCACUAUUCCAGAGGACUCAAACACAGACAAUGAAAUACAUGAAUCACAUGAAACACAUGAAUCACACGAAUCACUGUGACUGAUGAAGCAGAUGAACUCUUAGAAGUGGACAAAUAUUUUAAAGAGGGACAUUUUCAUCGUCAUAUUUGCAAUAAUAGUGUGACAAAUAGAGAAGUGGACUAUAUGUCUCAGCUCACUUUGCUGUAAAUAAUGUAAUUAAAUCAGAUUUCAUUUGUAAACUUUGUAAUAUCUAUAAAGCUUUUUUUGUUAUUUCGUGUAAGCUGCACUGUGCAUUGUUGUUUUGAAUGUUUUAAGCCUUUUUCAGUUUAAUUGAAAACAAUCCAUCAAUUAUAAACUCACCAUUUGACAGAAAAGGACUGAGGACUUUGAAUUCACAAACGUGAUAAUCAUUUCAUAACUUUUUUAAUGCUCCAUCUGAGUCUGAAUUGAAUGUGUAUAAAUAUAUUACUCUUAUUUAAAGCAUCAGUUCACACUGAAACAGCCUGCGAUGAGUUAUUCUCACACUUCAGACUUCACAGGUUUUUGCAACACGGGAUCAAAUUGUUGCUUAAUGCAAUGACUGCUGGAGAAUGUUUUUUGUCUCAGCUUCAUAUUGUAAUGGUCAUGCAUGCUUCAUCAGCUUGUAUUGUAGCACCUGCAAGCAUGCUGCCUUAUCAAGAUGUCUGAUAAUGUCUGUUUUCCUUGCUGGUGCAUAUUUUCACUAACCACUGUAACCAUCUGUCCUGUUUUGUGAAAUGUCAGUAAAAAGAGAAACUUCUUAUCAUCUGUAAACUCGAGAAAAAUAUGUUCUCUGGUCUAGGCCUCCUUUAUCAGAGGGAAGUGGAGAUGCAUGCCAAAGAGGCUUUCAUUAUCUGUUGUUUACAAUGUUUGUUUAACUUAAAGCUCCUGUAAAGACUUUUCAGCUGGUUAUGAAACAGUCGGAAAUUAAUAAAAAUGCUUCUAUGCAUCCUAA